AUGCCUCGCAGGCAGUUUGUGGCCGAUCUGGCUGCCGCUGUCGAGGGCGUUUCUAUUGCAGGCAUCUCGGAUGUGCAGCCUGGCGGCGACGAUGGCGAAUUCACCUUCGUAUGCAUCGCUGACGGCAAUGCUCUCAUGAUCUCUGCACUAGUACCUGAGUUAUCUGACUACCCCUCAAGUCACGACUGCAUGAUCUUCGGGCCUGAUGAUGCGUCCUCUAGUGUUGCCAGUACUUUGUCUGAUAUCUCGGCGACUGGCAAGACGGUGCAGCAGAUCCUCGAACUCGUAUCGCGGAAACUAGAAUCGACUGACAGAGAUGGCGACUACCAAAUGCUCAAUUCUCAAGAUCUCGAAGGCUUGGGAGAUGGCACUGAGGAUGAGGAUGAGGAUGAGGAUGAUUACGGCGAAGAUUAUUUCCCCGGAGACGAGGACAUGCUCCCUAAGCACUACAGCAACGGCCAUCACACACCGAUCGUAGGGACAUUCACAGAGCCCACAGCUGCCUUUCGACAACGCAUCCAGCGCGAUUUGCUGGCAGCUAAGAGUAACGGCUUCAAAGUUGGCCAUCUGGGCGGUCUCAUGGACGGGCUCGGUUGCUAUGUCAGCAUCUCUAUCCGCAUCGCGAAGCUGGGUAUCUCCGAGGAAGCCAUGCAGGCCUGGCAGAUCGAGCCCAAUGAAUAUCUCGUCACGUUGUUCCACUAUCCACACGGUUAUAAAACCAUGGACGACUUACGAUCGUACGACAACAGCCAAGCCCAGCGCAAUUUCAGCAUCCGCAUUGGUAUCUCCAAGUCCUACAAGCCCACUCUACAGGAAGCCGUCCAAGCAUUCACUGUCCUUAGCAGGCAGGAAGAGAAGGAGCAGGAAGAGUCGCAGCAGACCGAGUCGCAGCAGGAAGCAGCAGUCCACCAAGGCUUCCGUCUGUCGUUCAUAUCCAAACCACUGCACCAUCUCAGCGAUGAACGUUUCCACCUGGUUUUAAAGUACCGGUAUGCUGGCAUGGAUUGGAAUGGAGCUGAACUGUUCUACUACGACCAAAUCCUUCAGCCAGCAAGCAAGCAUCAACAAGGCUCGGACGAUAAGUACUAUGUUCCCGAAGUCGUCACCACUGUGUACCCUCCGGUCGUCACGGCCGAUCACAUCCAGCAGUCGACCUGUCAAGAGCACUCGCUACCUGUUGUUGGCAUACAGUGGGUGCUCAGGCAUUUUGUACGCUGCACAGAGUUCUGUCUUAUAUGCCUCAGCAAGAUGCCUGAUGAUCUUCAGGCUAUCAAGCCAUACGUCUGCGAUAAUCCGCUGUGUCUCUACCAGUACAUGUCACUCGGAUUUGGACCAAGUAUCGAGCACGAGGUCCUCUCUCAACCGAAGGUAGUCGAUCUGCUAAUCAGCUUUUGCUACUCGAGUGCACGUCAGUCCAGACUGAAGGUCUUCCCUGCCGGUCUCUCAUUAGAGGUUCCGCCUUCUUCGGCAUAUGAGGAAGAUUACUCUCUCCGUCAGUACCAAGGAUUGGGCUGGCAGCCGCAACCAGAUGCUCAGUCGUCCAGGGCCACGGGCACUGAUAGUGAGCAAAUUCCUAUUGCGAUUAAGCUUAACCUCGAUACACGCGAGAUCUUGUUUAACGACAAAUCCAAAUCGUGCCCUCUUCGAGCGAAUGAGUGGAUUACCUUCCGGUUUGAUGGUGAGGCGAGCAGAUCAUUCCAUUGCCGGGUACUUGAGACUACUUACUACCCGACGGUAAAGAUCUCUGAGCCUAUAGAGCCAGCUGUCGCUUCACUCGGUACAUCGUCGAAUGCUUAUGGAUACGCACCAGCCGCACCCCAAGCUGCACCUCCAAAGCUGACUUCCAAGAUUGCUCGCAACACAAACGAAUUCCGUCCUGCGAAGUUUCAAGCCUACAACCAGAACUUUGACGCGCUGUCGGAGCAGAACAAGCGGCAAGUCAUUUGUCUUCUCCUCGACAUGCUGCCUUCUGUGGAAAGCUUGAAGCGGUACCUGCUCCGCAAAACCAACAACGCCCUGAGUGGGUGGACAGACCGACUUUCUCCCGCGGCUCUUGGGCUACUCCGCUGGAUCAUCGCAUCGAAUCGAGCAUGCAUCCUUCAAGUAGAUGCCGAGCGUGACACUCCCACUGGGCGAAAAGCCGACGAUCGACUGUACGGAAUGUCAAAUUGGACUCAGUUCCGGUUUGCGAUGGGCGCGCCGGACAAGGAGCGACGGUUCAUUCAAGCCGUAAGAAGCACCACCGAGAGACUUAAUCUCAAGUUUCCAACUCUCUUUGCGUGGCACGGCAGCCCGUUGCACAAUUGGCACGGCAUCAUUCGCGAAGGAUUGCACUUCAACGAGACGCACCAUGGUCGCGCCUUCGGGCAUGGUGUGUAUCACUCCUUGGAGGUUAACACUAGCAUCGGCUACUCGGGCUACGGAGGAGUUGGCUACACCUGGCCGAACAGCGAGCUCAACAUUCAGCAAGCUCUUGCACUAAACGAGAUUACCAAUGCCCCGCAAGAGUUUGUCAGCAAAACCCCUCAUCUUGUGGUUGCUCAGCUUGACUGGAUCCAAACCCGCUACUUGUUUGUCAGUCAUGCGGCAUACAAUCAAGCGAACAGCCCGGCGGACAAGGGAUCAAAGCCCCUGGAGAUCUUGGAGCAAGACCCAUCCAUGACGCCAACAGGUAGUGACGGCAAGCUGAUCAUUCCUAUGCGUGCGGUCGCCGGCUCCAGGAGACCAAAGUCGCUGAAGACCAUGGUGAGUGGAAUCGAGCAUACUACUUCGUUACCUUUGCUGAGCGAUAUUCAGCAAAAUAAGCGACAGAAGGCGCAAGGAACAAGCAAGUACGACGCUAUCGAGAUUCACGACGACGAUACCGCUAGUGUUGCAACGCUGGACGAAGAUCGUGUCAUUUUCGAAGAUGCAUUGUCAAAGAACGAGCAAUACGUCGAUCCCCUACCGACACCAAACUCCACCAAAGACGGCAAAGGCAAGGCAAAAUUAAGUGGCUUCUUUAACAAGAUGAAGCCGCAGAAGCCCCUUACAGACUACGUUCCCGGGACGCUGGACUACAGUACUUUACCCAUGCUUCAGCAACCGUCAUGGGCAUCGAGUGCUGCAACUAGGUGCCUCAUGCGAGACUUCAAAGCUCUCAUCAAGACACAGAACGAGCAGCCACCGCAUGAGCUCGGCUGGCAUAUCGAUGAGGACAAGAUUGAAAACCUGUAUCAGUGGAUUGUUGAGCUGCACUCGUUCGAUCCGACUCUGCCACUCGCACAGGAUAUGAAGAAGCACGAUGUGAAGAGCGUUGUCCUGGAACUACGCUUCGGCAAGGAUUAUCCUAUGGCACCACCCUUUGUCAGGGUCAUUCGCCCGCGUUUCUUGAGCUUUGCUGCUGGAGGAGGUGGUCACGUCACUGCAGGUGGUGCCAUGUGCAUGCAGCUUCUGACUAACGACGGCUGGAGUGCGGCCUCUUCGAUCGAGUCUGUCUUGGUACAAGUUCGUAUGGCUAUCAUGAGCACCGAUCCCAAGCCUGCCCGCCUGGAGCGCGGUGGACGGCACGAUUAUGGAGUUGGUGAAGCGGUCGAGGCAUACAUUCGCGCAUGCGCCAUGCAUGGAUGGACAGUGCCUGCCGAUUUCAAGGAGACUGCUUAUGGAGGUACAGAAGGAUCAGGAUACUUUGGCUAG